AUGACUCGCAAGGCAUUCCACGGCAUCAUCGCCAUGCCGGAGCUGGAGUCCGUCGAGAAGCUCAUCUCCGGCGGCCAGUCCGAUGUGUAUCUGGUGGAAAUCGAGGGCAAGGAGUACAUCCUGAAAAAGUACAAGGGCAACUUCGAUCCGAAGAUCCUGCGCGAGAUUACGGCCUUCCACCUGCACUCGGGAGACGCCACCGAGUAUAUCGUGCCGCUGCAUGGGAUUUACUACUUCAAAUCGCAGCUCAGCCUGGUUUUCGAGCACAUGCGCGGCGGGGACCUCUUUGACUAUAUCGGCGAGCGCCAGCGCCGCCGGGCGCCCUUCACCCCGAGCGAAGUCCGGGUUUUUGCCCACCGCAUGCUGACGGCCAUCCGGAUUUUCCACGACUACCAGCUCAUCCACCGGGACAUCAAGCCGGAAAACAUCCUCCUCGAGCGCCCGGACGACCUGUCCUCCGUGCGCAUUGCCGACUUCGGCCUGUGCACGCUGCUGUCGCACAACACCCGGCUCACGCCGAGCGUCGGCACCGCGCAGUUCCGCCCGCCGGAGAUGCUCACCGUCAACUACGAUGCCAAGGUGGACAUCUACAGCAUCGGCAUCAUCAUCCUGACCAUGCUCAACAACGUGUAUGUGGUCAAUGAGAACCUCCAGCAGCAGCUGGCCCGGCUGGGGGAUGGCCCCGAUGCGCAGAUGGUCCGUGCGGCGCUCGACAUCAAUCCUCGCAAGCGCUUCACCGCGGCCCAGCUCCUGGAGAUGGACUACUUCAAGGACGAGGAGGCCCAGGCGCGGUCGAAGUCCAUCUAA